CACAACUUCGCCGCCCUCUCCCGGCUCGCUGUCAGGUCAAGCCCACUCGUUUCGAUGGCGACGGAGACGUCAUCGUGCGACUACCUCGUCGUGGGAGCGGGCGCUUCCGGCAUGUCGUUCGUCGACACUCUCCUGCUCCAUGCGCCGGAGCCGGUGUCGGUCACUCUCCUGGACAAGCGCGAGCAGCCGGGCGGGCACUGGAACGACGCGUACGACUACGUGACGCUGCACCAGCCCGCGCGCAACUACGGCGUCGAGUCGACGGCGCUGGAGGCCUUCACGCAGCACCCGGAGAAGCUCGCGUCUCGGGACGAGAUCCUUGACUACUACCGCUCGCUGCUCUCGCGGUGGGGCGAGGCGGGGCACCGGGUCUCGUUUGUCGGCGGCGCCACCUACGACUUUGGCUCGGCGAGCUACGUCGACGCGUCGGGCUCGCGCGUCGGCGUCGACGCCUCAAAGGUGGUGGACGCGCGGUACACGGAGAACGACCUGCCGCUGCUGGUGCCUCCAAAGUUCAGCGUCGGCGACGGCGUCGACCUCAUCCCUCCGAACCAGCUGCCGGCGCGCGGCGCGGGAGAGGGGCGCCGCUACUGCGUGCUGGGCGGAGGCGAGGCGGGCGGGCACGCACGUUCGGAGCUCGCGCUGCCCGGGGCAAACGAAGGGGGUCGGUCGGCCGCCGAGCUGACCACGUACGUGCACUGCACCGCCGGCGCCUUCAACUUUGGGGCGAGCGCGGCGGAGGGGCGGCGGCCUGUCUUCAGCUCCGAGGGGGAGAUCACCGUGCAGGAGCUGUUCCAGUUCCCGGGCUUUUGCUUCAACGGCGCGGUGGUGGCGUGGCUCGAAUGCCAGCGAGGCCUCUCCCUCGCCCAGAAGAACGCGCUCUGCGAGCUCCCUCCCCCGCCCGAGGAGGGAGAGGCGCCGCCCCUCGGGCAAGCUCCCGCCCGGACACGUCCGCGGUGCGCCCACGGCGCACGCGCCCCCAUAGGCCACCCGCUGCUCGUCUCCCUCCGCAACUUGCGUCGCUGGUACGCCACCCCCGGGAUGGGGGAGUGGCUGCACGGCCUCCGCCUCUUCUCGCUCGCGAUGAACGGGUACAGCCUCGCCGAGGGCAGGGCGCUGGUGGAGAAGAAUUGCGACGGGCUCGUCGAGGCGGGCUUGCUGACGCCGCCAGAGGAGGGGCGCUGAGCGGCGGAGGCGAGCUCGAGCGAGCGCUGGCGCGCGUCUUCGAGCCCGCGCGCCGGCGGCCGGCACCCGGUGCAAAACAACCCGUACACUAGGUGUGGUAUAUAUUUUGAUGACAUAUAUUUUGAUAGCC